CAUGACAGCGGCGGCGGCUUGAUCGCAUCGCAUCUCACGUAUCUCACAGACAAAAAAAACGCUUACAGCAGGUUUUUAUACGCUUUUAUACGAAUCGUUAACGAAUUGCUAAUUUUGUUGGGGUUACAAGUCCCAUGCUAUGCAUAUUUUAAACUGAAAAGUUUCUCUAUUUGUGUUGUGCUGAUUGUGUACCGACCGCUGUUCCGCUGCACUGUUGUCGCAAAAGAUGCAUUCGGCUAUUGGAAUGGAGUUGGAGCUACAACCAAACUCCUCUGAGUUGGACUUCUGCCGUAUGUGUCUCUCAAAUAUAUAUGAGCUUCACCACCUUUUCCCGGAUGGUUCGACGGGAAGUACGAAUAACUUGCUGCUGGCCAAGAUUCGGUUGUUGGCGGAAGUGACGCUCUCACCAUCCGAGGAGCUGGAGGCUCACAUUUGCUCUAACUGCGUGCAAAAGCUGGAAGAUUUUCAUGCCUUUCGAGUACAGUGCAAGGCUAGCGAUGUCCAGGUACGCAAAAUGAGAGUUGCACGGAAGCGGUUGAGAGAGGAGGAAGAACAACGGCGAAAUGAUACUGCUGCAGCCAAGGACAAACGAAAAAAGGUGCAGAGCAACGGGGAUAAAGAACCGGAAGCCCCCACUAGCAAAAGAUUGCGCAUUGAAACACCGCCCGUUUUGCUGGCCGGUGGCUCCACGCUGGGUGGUGUUUUCGAUUUGGUUCAGUAUUGCGCGGAUGGUGACAUUCCCGGCGAUUAUCGCCUGCUAGCACAGGGCUUCGUGUAUAAGCAUGAGAGUCUGCUAAGCUGGCGCUGCGAAAUGGCCACGACGGAAAAGUGCGAUGCUCUGUUGGAAAUCGAUCCGGACUUCAAGAAAUUUCACGUCAACAUGAAACACAGCCACGUCAAGCUGGACAAGGACGCCGAUGGACGGACAUUUGAAAAGAUAACACCCCAAAUAUGCACCUUUUUGGCGAAACUGCAACUGCAGCAGUACGACAUUUCCGAAACACCAGUUGUAGGCGAGAGACCGGCCGAUGCCACAGCCGACGAUUCCGAUAUCGACCUGGUCGCCCAGGAACUGUACGACGACUCGGUACCCGAAAACCUACCGGGUGUUCCGGUGGAUCAGAUGAUUUCCGCGCGGGGCAUCCACGUGGUCCACUCAGGCGACAAACCGACGAUCACGAUGAAUGGCUUCACCUAUCUGCAGGAAGCGGUAAUCAAAGGCAUUAAACCGGAGCAGAUUCGUUGGCGAUGUGAAGAGGAAAACUGCCAGGGGAUGAUUGUGACUACCAAAGAUUUUCGUAGUUAUGCCCUUGGGAAACCGCAUAAACAUGUGCCGCGAUCGGUGGUCUCAGAUUCGUCUUCAUCGAAUCGUUCCAGAUCUGUUAGCCGUAACGAUGAGCCUCUGUUGGAAGUCAUGAGAGAAGUGCCCGAAGAAGUUACUCCCAAGAACAGAUCGACCACCUUCACCGGAAUGCGAACGGCAGGCGGAGUUUCGUUGGUUGAAGAGUUCAAGAAAACUGGCGCCGACCACAGCUUCUUCAAAGCAUCGGAUGGAUCCUACCAUAUGUUCCACGAUAACUUUUUCUACAAGCGAAACUAUGCCUAUUCCUCAGAGGGAGGAGAAACAAUGUGGAAAUGCACUACAGAAAGUUGCCCUGGCACAUUGAUUGCUUUCAAGUACAUGAAAAAAUUGGUCGGAGGUGUACCGCACAAUCAUGACCCGAUUCGCACCGGAACGGGAGAAGUGGCGCCAUCCACAUCGACCAGCACACCGCAAGUGGAACAGGACAGCGCAAAAACCGGCCAGGUUGACAUCAGCGAAAUCGGUUUCUAUCGUAACACGAAAAACGUAAUAUCGCUUCUCUACGAAGGCUUCAGUUACAGUCUGCAGAAUUUCCUUCCAUCCGGCAACAGUUUCUGGAACUGUACAUGGAACAAGUGCGGUGGACGAAUACAAGCCGGAUCGCAUUUUGAAUUCUUGAAAUCGGAAAAGCGACAUUUCCACAACCCUCCAGCAUUGGCGACGCCAAAAAGCUGGAUUCCACCACCGGCGGCCAUUAAGGAGUUACUUGACAAGGUUAAACUGAAUGAGGAAAUUAGACGUAAGAUUCAGGCUCCGCCCACAUUAUGCUAUUCGGAACUAAAGGAUAAAAUGGACAAGAAGUCGUCUCAUAAUCGGGCUAAGACCGUAAAUCUUACAGAUGAGAAUUAGAUCAGUCAAACUGUUUUGAUGUGCACGUAGUUGUAUCACCGUCGCCUGGUGUACAGCGAUUGAGAAAGGAUACCGGCUGUGAUGGAGAGUGAACGACUGGUAUGUUUCACGCGGUGCUGGAUGGACUUAUUCUUGAAGGAAAUUCAAACGGCAGUUGGAUUUUUGAUUCGCAAUCACUCAAUUGUACACAAUAAUUGAUGCACUUGGCUGAACUUUUAGAAUCCGCUUUUAAUUUUAAAUAAAUACAGUUCGGAAUGAAAACAA